GCCGGGCGUGUGGGAAGAUGUUGAUGUCUGGGCGAUAGCUCUGGCCCGUCUCUCUGUGCGGCUCCCCUUCCCGGGCUGCCUGGCUGGCAGGACGCUGCUGGGCGGGAGGAAUCGCAGUGCCCCGCGGAGGGACAGAGGAUGCCCGGACGAAGAGGAGAAAGGAGGGACGGCGAGCGAGCUAGGAGAGAGGCAAAGAUGAUCAUCAUCUCCUCGCUGGUGAGCCUGCUGCAGCCGGUGCUGUCGGCGCUGUCGGGGUCGGUGCAGUGGCAGGGCCUGGAGCACUGGUUCUUCCUGCUGGGCCUGCGGCUGCUGGCCAUGUACUUCGCCAGCGCGCCGUGGGAGAGCGCGCAGCAGGACAUCGCGUGUGCCUGGGGCCCCGGGCAGGAGGCCGACACCCGGACCUUCUGCACCUCGGUGUGCUACAACCGCCACUUCAGGGACCCGGUCAGGCCCACCUGGGGCUUCUCCUUCCUCAUCGCCCUGUUCCCCAUCACCAUCAUCCGAAUACUCUACCCCAAAGGGCCGGGCGAGGCCGCGGCGGGGACGGAGGCCGCGGCGGCCCAGCCCAACAGGGCCUCUGAGCGCCGGUUGUCGGUAGGAUCCGGCAUGGCUGCGAGGCCGAAGCUGAUGGGGGAAUCCAAGAUGGCCUCUAAAUCCAAGAUGGCUGUCACAGUCAGACUCCUGGGCGAAUCCAAGAUGGCUGCCAGGCCCAAGAUGGGAGAGGAAUCCAACAUGGCCACUAGAUCCAUCAUGGCGGGCCCGGGCCCGCCAGGAGCAGGGAUCCGGCAUGGCUGCGAGGCCGAAGCUGAUGGGGGAAUCCAAGAUGGCCUCUAA